GCGCGAGAGUUAUUGAACCAUAAUUAAGUGAUAUGACCACAUAUAUGGCCGAUCAGGACAAGAAAAGAGAACAGCGAGCGACCAACAAAAUUUUACACAGUGUAAUAAUAAGGAGGGAACAGAGAAACGAUGAGUUCGCCCAAAGUCCGCCUUGUAGCCUCGACCAGCAACCCCAACGGGUCUCUGCCGGUCAGAAAUGAAGCUCAUACGCACGACUCUUUCUUCAAGAGCGUCCAAUGGUCCGCCGACGGCACCACCCUCUUCACCUCAUCCUUCUCCAACCGCAUAUGCACCUUCGUCCUGCCCGAGACCCUCCUGGAGCCACGACAAUCACCUGCAGAGCUCACCGCGACCAGUGCCCUCGCUCUCCCGGAACCAACCAGCGCCAUUGCGCCCUGCCCUUACUUUGCCCUGGAAAACCCUUCAACCCAGGUUCUCCUCACCGCCAGCACCGACCAUCCCAUUCAACUCCACCACGCCUUUCCCCCGUCAUCACCAUCAUCAACAUCGUCAUCACACGCUAAUGACACUUACCACAAUGACGACGACGACAGCCAAACAACCACUCCCUCAACGCCAGCAUCAUCAUCACCAGCACCGCCGCCGCCGCCACCGACGGGGCGGCCCCGGCCCAUCGCCUCCUUCCGACUGAUCAAGCAAGAGACCGAGGCAUACCUCCCAAUCGCCUCGCUCCUCUGGCCCGCCCCGGGGACGCACUUCAUCGCCGGCACCGCGAACCGCAUCGCCCUCUUCGACGUCUCCCGCCCGGACGCCCUCAGCCCGGACCCGCUGCUGUCCAUCGCCACCAUCCCCUCGGCCCGCCACCUCGCCAAGGGGGGCGGCGUGGGCAUGCGCGGGAUGGUGUCCGCGCUGGCGGCCCAGCCUGUCUCGUCGGCGGUGGACGAUGGCGGCGGCGGCGGCGCCGGUUGGGGUUGGGGUUGGGGUCUGCUGGCCGCGGGGACGUGGACGCGGAACCUGGGGGUGUACGAUCUCGUCCGGAGCGGGGACUGCGUCGCGACCUGGAGCGUCGAAGGCGCGGCGAAAGAGGCCGGAAUCGGCGGGAGAGGCGUGAUGCAGACCCUGUGGUCGCCUUGUGGCCGGUAUCUGCUGGUCAAUGAACGGGCGGCGACGGGUUUGCUGGUUUAUGACCUGAGGGGCACGCAUCGGCUGCUAGGGGUCCUGGAAGGGAGGGAUGGAACGACCAAUCAGCGAUUGAGCUGCGAUGUGUUUCCCGGGAGCGAGAGGACCGGCGGCUUUGAGGUGUGGGCGGGAACGAAGGACGGGGCUGUUGUAGCCUGGGAGGGGGUUGGGAAUCAGGAGGGCGCCGUUCAACCGACCUGGACCUGGAAGGCGCACGGCUCUGCAGUCGGGGCCACGGCAAUGCAUAUGAGUGGAUCAGUUGUUGCGACCUGCUCAGGGGCCUGGACUUUUGUCGGUGGUGACAGCUCUGACAGCUCGGAGGAGUCCGGGUCAGAGGCCAGCACCGCACGGCGGGGCAGUUCCAAACCGCGUAUCGCUGUCAAGGAGACGAGCCUCAAAGUCUGGAGUCUUGAUUCGAGCUUCUCGUCUCAGUCGGAGGAGGCCGUCAUGGAUAGAGGCAGCGCCGAAACAUGACGAGGGCCUUUCUCACUCCCUGCUUUUGCAAAAUCUGUUCCCCAUUAUACCCGCCCCGUCAUCUCAUUCAGAUCAGUCGACGAUUGGUGAGUGUCGACCAAGACAGAGAAGCCUCUCAUGUUGGCCCGUGAC